AUAAUACGAUUAAGCUUUAUUUUAUUCAGCAUACGGUACUAUUACCUAACAUUUUAGGAACUUCUCAUACAGGUUCGGGAUGUGAUCAUCUUCACUGUAGGUAUGGAGGGGCAGAUUACGGAUAUCAUGCAUAUAUAUAGGUGGAUUGGUGAUUACGAAAUUAUUUGAAAAUUUAUAUAUAAAAUCCCGGUGCUAUUUUUUCGGACAAAUUUUGAAAUAGUUCAGUGAUACAAACAGUGCAGUAUGAAGGUCUUGUUGUUUGCGUGCGCUCUCUCUUGCGUCAUUCAAGGUCUCUUGAGCGCAGAAGUCCGUCUGAUAGACCUGGAACCCACUGAUGCUCAACAGAUCAUCGAAAAACAAGACCAGUCUUUGAAUUAUGCACCAAAAAUCGAUACUAAUGUACCUGCGGUUAGAUACCUUGGAAAUGAACCCCACCACGUGUUGGAAGAUAUCUAUUUAGCUAGACAAUAUCACGGCCAGGAUGGCGUUGGAGGAUAUCUCUAUGGAUACAAUAUACCUGACAUAGCUAAAACCGAGAAAAAGAAGGCAGGAGGGGAUCUGAGAGGUGCUUAUAACUACAUCAACGGAGAAGGAAAAGAAAUAAGGGUACAAUAUUGGGAUGAUGGAACUGGUUUUCAUCAAGUAGACAAUGUACCACAAAUUGCUCCUAAACAAGUCGAUGAUUCCCCGGAAGUUAAAGCAGCCAAAGAAAAAUUCUUUUCAAGAUGGCAUCAAGAAGCCGAAAGAAAUUUGCACCCACUCCCUAACCCUUAUGAUGCUCACCAAACGUAUACUCAACCACAAGUCCAACAGUAUCCACAAUAUCAACAACAACAACAACCUGGACAGUACUACCAACCAAACCAAGUUGACUACAGUGGCCAGUACAGCGAAAAGAGAGAUGUAUAUGCUGCACCUCAAAACAGACAACAAGAUGAGGAGGAGGACACAACUGGACCUCCAAAAGGAUUUUUCUAUAGCUAUGAUUAUCCCGUUGGUAUCAUUGUACAAAAAGAAGGAUUAAUUAGAAAAGAUGAUUUGAGAAGUGCAUAUCCAGCGAGUAAUUGAAACAAAAAAAAAA